AUGGCCAGCAUCGACCCCGCCGCGACAGCCGAUGUGCUCUCCAAGACGCUGUCCGAGAUCACGGAGCAUUCCCAAAUAUAUAUCCAUCCCAACGCUUUUCCUUUCGCCACGGCGGCGAUAAGACGAAUCCUGUCUUUGCUUACCCAGGCAUUGCUCGCCACCAUGUCCCUGGCCGCCGGACCCCUUGUUGACGAUCGACUUGGGUCCCUCGCCUCGGCCCACCCGCCCACCACAGACACCACUGGUGGCGCCCCCGACCCUCUCGCCAUCACCAACGCCGCCCUGCCCCCCGGCCCGGCCUCUAGCCCUCCUACCGGCCCGAACCCGGUCCGUCGCGCCGCCGCCGCCAGACUACAUCCUUCUUAG